CCGACAGAAGUCCACGCCGGCCCUUUUAAGCUGUCCAUUGAUUAGCUGCGUGCCUGGAUCGAUUGAAUACUAAAGUCUGACUUUCAACUGAGUGCCCAGUUGACGGAUUGGCGGACCUGCAACGACCCCUAUUGGCACCCUCGCCGAAAUGCUUCAGCUAAGGCCUCGCGGGCAUAUGCCCUACAGGCAAUUGCUCACUUAUCUCUCUCACCGUGCCUUUUCUUCCAGAUCGACGUUCCAGCAGAAGUCUUCGUCGAAUCCCCCGUCAAAAUCAGGAAAGCCAUUAAAUGAAGUAUCCAGCCAUAUCACGCAGCCAAUCUCCCAGGGCGCUUCCCAGGCUAUGCUUUACGCUACCGGGCUUUCGACGGACGACAUGUCCAAGCCUCAGGUCGGGAUCUCCAGUGUCUGGUACAAUGGGAAUCCCUGCAACAUGCACCUCCUGGACCUAAGCAACAUCGUGCGGGAAGGCGUGCAAAAGGCAGGAUUGAUCGGAUAUCAAUUCAACACCAUUGGUGUUAGUGACGGAAUUAGCAUGGGAACAAAAGGAAUGAGAUACAGCUUGCAGAGCAGAGACCUAAUCGCCGAUUCCAUAGAGACCGUCAUGGGUGGUCAGUGGUACGACGCAAAUAUCAGUCUGCCGGGAUGCGAUAAAAACAUGCCGGGAGUUAUCAUGGCUAUGGGUCGUGUGAACCGGCCGAGUUUGAUGGUAUAUGGGGGAACGAUCAGGCCGGGCUGUGCUGCAACACAAAACAAUGCUGAUAUCGAUAUCGUGUCCGCCUUCCAGGCAUACGGCCAAUUCUUGACUGGGGAGAUCUCCGAGGAGCAGCGAUUUGAUAUUAUCCGCCAUGCCUGCCCUGGUGGUGGUGCAUGUGGUGGAAUGUACACCGCAAACACCAUGGCUUCGGCUAUCGAGGUCAUGGGAAUGACCCUUCCGGGCUCUUCCUCCAACCCAGCAGAAUCUAAGGCAAAGAAGGCCGAAUGUCUGGCUGCGGGCGAAGCCAUCAAGAACCUUCUCAUCGAGGAUAUUCGACCAUCCGACAUCCUCACCAGGACCGCAUUUGAAAACGCCAUGAUCUUGGUGAACAUCACUGGAGGCUCCACCAACGCGGUCCUCCACCUCAUUGCCAUGGCCGACUCCGUCGGCAUCAAACUCACCAUUGAUGACUUCCAGGCCGUCAGCGAUCGUACCCCGUUCCUCGCAGACCUUAAGCCAUCCGGAAAGUACGUCAUGGCUGAUCUGCACAACAUUGGCGGCACCCCAUCCCUGAUUAAAUUCCUACUGAAGGAGGGUGUCCUCGACGGUUCGGGAAUGACUGUUACCGGUCAGACCUUGGCCAAGAACGUAGAGAAUGUCCCUGACUUCCCAUCUGACCAAAAGAUCAUCCGACCUUUCAGCAACCCAAUCAAGAAGACCGGCCAUCUUCAAAUCCUCCGUGGCAGCCUCGCUCCUGAGGGGAGUGUAGGCAAGAUCACAGGCAAAGAAGGAACAAGUUUCACAGGCAAAGCUAGAGUGUAUGACGAUGAAGAUGAUUUUAUUGCCUCUUUGGAACGAAACGAAAUUAAAAAGGAAGAGAAAACUGUCGUUGUUAUCCGAUAUACUGGACCGAAGGGAGGACCAGGAAUGCCAGAGAUGCUUAAGCCUUCUUCUGCCCUGAUGGGUGCCGGAUUGGGCUCUUCUGUUGCCCUCAUCACGGACGGGCGUUUCAGUGGUGGUUCUCAUGGCUUCUUGAUCGGACACAUCGUCCCUGAAGCCGCGGUUGGCGGACCAAUCGCCCUCGUUGAAGACGGCGACAUCAUCACCAUCGACGCCGAGAAGCGAGUUCUCGAUCUUGAAGUCGGUGAAGACGUUCUCGCGCAAAGAAGGAAGAAGUGGCAGGAGAAACAGGAGGCAGGCCUCGGUCGUCCAACUGGAUUGACGAUGAGGGGAACUCUGGGUAAAUAUGCCAGAGCUGUGACGGAUGCUAGUCAUGGAUGUAUCACCGACGGUGUAUGA